UUUUUUUUUUUUUUGUAAUAGUUGUUUAAGGACAGGAAAUCCACAAGCUGCCUCCGAGGAGCAAUGUCGAAGCCAGCCUGCCGACCUACGAGAGAAGAUACGCAAGAUGAACCACUCUGAUUUGGACAGAGUAAAAUAAAACAGCACGUCCAUGUUUGAGUGUUUAACUUCUUGAGCUGUCGAUUUUAAACUAGGAAAACCAUCAUUAAAGAUUAAAGAUCAUAUGUUGGACAUCUCAGAUUGACAAAACAGCUCGUAAGCCAGCAAAAGCUUCAGCUCCAGGCGGUCGGUCGACCAUUCGAGGAGCGAGCCCAAACGUCUUGCCCUUUGAACUGAGAAUUGUAAUUUGCGUUCGGCCAACGCACGAGUCGGAUUCAUCUGUCUAACACAGAUUUGUCAGCUUUUAAUGGCUUGGUAAACCCGCUUUACAUAUGAUCUUUAAAAGCUAUGCUUAAGAAAAAGCCUUGAGGUGUACCCAUUUGAAGUUCUCUAGGGCCUCUAAAGAAAAAGCAAGCAUUAUGAGAGAGUUUAUGCAAUAUUAUUUACAAGGGAGGUGACUGAAACCAAAGAAAUCAAAAAAAAAAAAAAAAAUAAUCAAAGUCACUGAAGCUCCACAACUGAAAUACAAGAGCACUACAAUUGAAAAAGAGAAUACAACAAAGCGGUUAUGAAUCACUUUUAGGUUACGUUAAUAAAGUCCUGUAAAAAACACAUUUGGAACUGUUAACGAAAACCAACAACUUAAGGAAAAUGGGGGAAAUCUCCUUUGUUUGUUUGUUUUUACGCUGGUACAGGAAGUUUGAAGAGACCAUACCACAGGACAGCGCUUUCUCGUGCAUGCCGUGCUCUCUGCCCGCUAUGUGCGACGCCCAGAGAAUGUCGUGGUCAGGUGACACACGGCCUGCAAUGAAGUCCCCGCUGGCAGGUACAAACAAGGAUAUCUUAUUUCCUUACAUCAGAGAGAAUCUGGAGGAAUAUCUUUCUGCUCACUGGGAAGAGGAUGAAUGCAAACAAGAUGUUCAUCUGCUCAAGAAACAGGCCGAAGAAGACUUGCGGCAGAAUAAAGCGUGUCCCGUUCAUGCGGUGGACCAGACGGUUCACACAGAUGAGGAGAAGGCCAUCCGUGAGGUUGUGGAUAACGUCCUGUGGCAGAUGGCAGCGGACAGGAAAAGCACUGCGCUCAAACAGCUGCAGGGCCACAUGUGGAGAGCCGCGUAUAUGACGGGGAAAAUCAAAGGCGAGGUGUACCAGGAUGUGGUUCCAGCCAUCAGGCGGUGGAGACGUCAUGGCCUGAAGAUCUACAUCUACUCUUCAGGAAGUGUGGAGGCACAGAAGCUGCUCUUUGGUUAUUCUGUCGAAGGCGAUCUAUUAGACCUGUUUGACGGUCACUUCGACACCAACAUUGGUGCCAAAGUAGAAAGUAAAAGCUAUGAGAACAUCGCAGAGAGGAUUGGAUGCCAACCAGAGGAAAUCAUGUUCCUAACCGAUGUCACACGAGAGGCAAAGGCAGCAGAGGAUGCUGGGGUGAACGUGGCUGUCGUAGUCAGACCCGGCAACAUGGAGUUAACCGAAGAAGAAAAGAACCAUUAUAGAAUCAUCACAUCUUUCAACCAGUUAGAACUGAGCGGGAACGUUUGACAGCGCAAGACCGGGUUUACAGCAUCGGAUCAUGUGGAAAAACCAGCAGUUAUUGUGUGUUGUUAUACCGCUGGACUGAAACUCCAAGCCUCCCAGGUGCUUGUUUUUUUACACUGAAAUCCAUCUUUGAAUUGUCAUACACUUU